ACUCUAUGCAGAUUGAUAGUGCCGCAGAAAAGAAGGCUGAACCUGAGCCAUCAUUUGAAAUCUUGACCAACCCGGCUAGAGUGAUUCCUGCCCAAGAAAAAUUCAUCAAGUUUCUUACAGACAGUAGAUAUGUGCCGGUGAAGUCAGCACCCUCAGGCUUUGUUCUGCUAAAAGACCUUCGCCCAAGUGAACCUGAGGCAUUAGCUUUGACCGAUUCACUCUCAUCCACAGCACCAAAUGCUACUGGUGCACCAGCCACCGGUCAGCAGGGCUCUGCCUCGUCAAUGGCAGUGGAUGACGAGCCUGCACCGCCACAAGCGUUUGAAUAUACAUCAUAGGUUGGAAUGCGCCAAUUUCUUUUCUCCAAGAUUCUGCAGAUAAAUCCCAACAGAUGGCCUGAAAAUCAGUUAUAACCGAAUGUCAAUGUUGGUUUUAUCUGGUGCUUGUCAUUCCACCCCGCUCAAUCAUGUUCAUUUCUACUUUAUAUAUAAACGCGGGGAAAUAGAGAACUGUAGAAAACUGCAUUAGCCACGGUGCUGAUCGCGAACACAUAAUUUCUCUAUAGAUGUAUGGGUUGCAGGAGAGACCCAGGCUGUUUAAUUUGCUCAUUGGAUUAACUUGGCUGUAAUUUUAUUCUCACUUCUACAUAAACUGGAUCUUAGGAUUUCUUUCA